AAAAAUCUUUUUAACUUCGAAAACCCUUCCCAAAGCCCUUUUAAAGAUCCCAACUGCAACAGCACUUCGUCUUGAAGGAACAAAAUUUUCCAAUUCAUGGCUGUUCUUCCCUCUAUCCAUCCCAUUUCCCUCUUCCGACCCAAAAUUCCCACUCCAAAAUCCUCCUUCACCCCUAAUGCCGAGCUCAUUAGACCCCAGAAAAUGCGAGUUCCAUUCAAGCUGAAGGACGAACAGAACCGCAUUUUCCACCAACUCCCCUCUGGUCUUCAAAUGGAGGUUAUUGUGCAAAAGGGUUCUCCCAAAUCAUCCCAAUCAAUCCCUUCAAUUCUACAACGCCCUCCUCUCCUCUUUCUCCAUGGAAGCUACCAUGCUGCUUGGUCUUGGGCAGAACACUGGCUCCCAUUCUUUUCCGCUUCUGGGUUCGAUUGCUAUGCCAUUAGCUUGUUGGGUCAGGGUGAAAGUGAUUCACCAUCUGCAUCUGUUGCUGGCACUCUCCAGACACAUGCGAGUGAUAUUGCUGACUUCAUUCGUACAAGUUUUGCAAUACCACCAGUUUUGCUUGGACACUCGUUUGGAGGUCUUAUUGUACAGUAUUACAUAGCAAACAGCAAUCAUGGCCAUUUUUCAGAUACAGAAGGAUUGUUCCCAAGGCUUACUGGAGCUGUUCUUAUCUGUUCUGUGCCUCCCUCCGGCAACAGUGGACUCGUACGACGCUAUCUCUUUACAAAACCCAUUGCUGCAUUUAAGGUGACACUCAGUUUGGCAGCAAAGGCUUUUCAAACAUCUCUUUCUCUUUGCAAGGAGACAUUUUUCUCUGCGACAAUGGAGGAUCAUCUUGUUUUGCGAUAUCAAGAGCUGAUGAAAGAAAGCUCAAGGAUGCCAUUAUUUGAUCUGAGGAAAUUGAAUGCAUCUCUUCCAGUACCUUCUCUUCCCAAAUCUUGCAUUGAAGUACUAGUGCUUGGUGCAAGUGAUGAUUUCAUUGUGGAUGGUGAAGGAUUGAAUGAAACAGGCAGAUUUUACAAUGUGACACCAAUCUGCGUACAAGGAGUCGCUCAUGACAUGAUGUUGGAUUGUUCUUGGCAAAAAGGUGCACAAGCUAUCUUAACGUGGCUUGAUUGUUUAGGAUCAUAAAACAUCAUAUGUUCAUAACCCCAAUUUUGUUAUCAACAUUCAUCUUCUCUUUUUCCCCUUUUCGAGAACGAAAUUUCCAUUUUUGUUCAAAAUAAUAUCAAUAUUUUCAUUUUCCUA